GUCUUGGGGCUGAUUUCAUAUUAUCUCUACACCUUUUGUCCUCUGCUGUCUUCUCUCCCCUCAGGGCCUCACCUUCCCCCUCAGUGUUCUCCAGAGGAGUAGGGCAACUCAGAGCCAUUCUUUUCAUCUUGCUUUGCAGACUGGGCCCAUCUUGUUUCCCCAAGUUCCCACGCAUGUUGGAAGUGGAAAAAAUUAAAAAGCCCCCCCAGGAGACAUACACCCUCAGGAUCUGUCCCCCCAUGACCAGACCCCAGAGUCCAGCUGCCACAAUGACUUCUCCUGGCUCUGAGUUCAACACCAGAGCUACCAACACCUUUUGUGGACGUGGCUGGGGUGCCAGGGAGGACCUGCCAGAGACUGGGGUCAAAACCUCAGCCCUGGUCUGUCCCCUGGGGUAGACACGGAGGAGAAGGCCAACAGUGGUCGCAGAAAGAUCAGACCGUCUGGCUCCCAAAGGGGAGUGGGGGAUCUUCCCCUGCGAAGGAAGAGACCCCACUUCCUCCCGAGCGGCUUUUCGGUCGCCUCACUGAUCAAGUUUCCCUGGAGGAGCAGGAGGAAGGCACCUUGGGCCAAUGCAUCCGCAGCAGGAAGAGAAGAGCCUGCACACGGGGGAGGCCUGGUUUUCACUCAACUAGUGCAAAGAGCCAGGCCAGCCGGGGGCAGAAUAGGCCAAAGGGAGACUGAACUCUGUGUUGUAAAAUCUGGGCUUGGGCAGGAGCCCUCUGUGCAGCCUGAGGAGGUGUCCAAACAGAAGGCCCGUCAAUGGAGAGAGGUGAGGCAACUGGCAGGAAAGAAGUCAAAAGCCCCACAGCUCAGCUCUAGCCCGGCCCCUUCUACCCCAGUGAUGGGUCAGAGGUGGGCCAGCCUAGUGAGAAUGAGAAGGUGAGGCAAGCUGACAUCCUCAGGGCCUGUCUGGACAGAGAGGUACGAUGCCUCAAGAAGUGGAAGAGGCAUUUGCUUCCUAGUGGGGAGAAGUCAUCCCUGCUGAGCCUCCAGCAGUCACCCUGCUUGAAGAAGCUGGUCAGAACUAUGAAAGAGACCAAGGACUGGGUUUCUCAAGGGCAUUCCCCAGGCACUCCAGACACCCAGGUCAGAAGCCCGCGUUGGAUGUCAGACGGUUCUUUCCCAUUGACUGUAAGAACACCUGCCAAGUCACCUGUACUCUGUGUCACGCCACCAUUAGACAAGGCAAAAUUAAGGGGCAGUCCAAAACCUCAGGCCUGGUGUGUCCCCUGGUGAAUAAGAAUGGGCUGGGGAGGGAAAGAAGGCCAAUUGCAGCCAGUCCAGGGAGAAGGGGCAGGGGUGGUGGAGAAGCAGAAGGGCCUACCUGCAAGGGCCACCAGCCUUGUCCACGAGGGUCUCCCAUCAUCAGGACAUUGCCCACACGACAUCCCAGAAAACAAUGACAGGCAGUGGGCCCCAGGGAGGCGUGAGCACUGUUACUGACUCACACCCUGCCUUCCGCCCAUCAAAGAUGAAUCUGCUGCUCCCCCAGUGGCAGUCAGGACCGAGGUGGCAUAUAUGUUCCCAAACCCUCCCGUUCUCAGGCCUUGCACCAGAGCAUUGCUGAGUUACUCUGCAGCUUGGCAUUGCCUCUCUCCUUUUUUCCUUCCGUGCCCUUCAAAAGGUUUAUGACCCAGGUUGACCCUUGCUACUACCUGCCAUCUCCAUCCUCUGAUAAAGCCUUGCCUCUGCUCCGCGAGGCGAUGGGCGACCAGGUGCUUCGGGAGAUGCAGUGGACUGAAGGCAGCCACAUCCACCUGGCCCUGUCUCCGGCAGCUCAGGAAGUGGUCCUAGAGGACUCUGUGGCCAUCACUGCCCACUGUGGGGGGUGAUACAGCCCCAUAGCUGUCAGGCGGUGUCAGGAAGCCCCAGGAAGCAAGCAGUGCUCUGGGUCCGAGGCCUGCCCCUGGAGAGCACUGGAGGACAGGCAGCAGGAACUACAGGAGCAGCUCACCCUGUAGCUGGGCCAUGACUCCCUGCAACCAGGCUGCCCAGUAUCAAGCGGCUGCCCCAACCUGGAGCAGGCAGUGGCGAUGGGGGGCUACACCCACAUUCCUUGCUUUGCUCACUGCUUCAACUCUUAGGUGAGAAAUUUUCUGUGUCACCAUCAUAGUGUCCAGAUCAUCCAGAUGGCACAGCCAGGCCAUCUGCAACCAUUUCCAAGGCUCUGCAGAAGCCCGGAGGCUCCUCAUGCAGCUGCAGCAGCGGUGUGGCCUCCCACCCAUCAGCCCUUUUGGAAGCUCUCAGACCACUGGGUCUCAGCCUGCCACCUGAUGGAGUGGCUGGUGGAGCACAAGCGGCCACUGCGGGAGUAUGGGGAGAAGCACCAGCUGGGGAAGGCCAGGUGGCCCUUUCAGCCAUGUUUUGGAGCCUGUCGGAAGCCUGAUCAGGCUUCUGCGGCUCUCCCAGAUGGUGGUCCAGGAGGCGAGCAAUCUGCCGGCUUCUUUAAGUCAGGGGCUGCCGAAACUGCGCUCCCAGCACAUCUUCCUGGAGCAGGAUCAGAGGCACUUUGAGGAGCAAAGAGGUGGGCAGAUGGGUGCAGCCAUCCAGUUGGCCCUGCUGCUCUGUACAGACUGUCAGCUCAGUGAGCUCUUCCACCAUGAGGAGUUCAUGCUGGCGACUCUACUGGACCCCCGCUUCAAGGGCCAGAUUGAGGCCAUCCUGCCUGUGGGGGCCGACAUUGACCACUGGAAGCAAGUUCUCAUGUGCAAGGUGAAGGAGGUUAUGGUGUCUGAAUACUCCUUGUCUCCCCCACCCUUCCUGCAGAACCCCAAGGUUAUGUGGACACCACCUAGUGGCAGUGUAGCCAAGGGCCCCGGGGCUGAGGGGAAGGGCCAGAAGGAGCCUGUGUGCAGAAGCAGUAGAUCUGGGUCUUUGCUGCUGGGCCAGAGGGAACAUAGCUUGCUGGAGCAGCUGGAAAGUGUAGGGCGGCUAGCAUCCCAGAGAGACAGAGCUUCACUCCCCACCGAGAACCCUGCCACAGUCAUUGUCAAGAAGUACCUGUGUGAGAACAAGACAGUUGGCGCCCAGGAGGACCCCUUGGCUUACUGGGAGAAGAGGCAGGAAGUCUGGCCUGCCCUGGCAAAACUGGCCACUGUUUCUCUGUCCUGUCCUGCUACCAGCACCUUUUCUGGAAGUGUCUUUGCCUCCCUGGAUAGUCCCACCAUCAUAGAGAGUAACUCCCCUCUCCCAGUGGAAACAGUUGAGCAUCUCUUCUUGAAGACCAAUCUGGAGAAUUUCCCCAACUGUGCCCCCUCUCCUCUUAUCUUCCCCAGUGGGGACCUGGCCUAGGGGGACUAGACCAGGGAUGCCCUCAAAAUCUGCCUGGAGACACUUUGCUGUAGAUGAAAGGAGAGAGCAGAUGUUGCAUCUAGGCUAUCAGACAAGGCAGCCAGAAUCUUAAGCCCAUUUGAGAGG